CGGCGGUGGCGGGGAGCGCGCGGCUAUGCUUGCCCCGGGGCUGGACUACUGAAUCCACUCCGUUCCACCGCUGGACUCGACCUGGGAGGGGGCGCCAGCGCACCCAGGACGCGGUGCCCCAAGGGACCCCACUCCACGCUGCAAACUGAAGCCCCCUGCCUCCCCAGGCCACACACAUCCCCGCGCCCGUUCUCAGCUGCCACCGCGGGCGUUCCAAAAGCUCCGGCAAGAUCUGCACCUCCCGGGUCUCCCAACCCGCCAACCCGACUGCUCUGCAUCGCCACCGCUGGCCUCCGUCAGACUCCUCCCGGCAGUCGGCUUCAUCGAACUUGAUUUCUCACCUCCUCGGCCCCAUCACCUCCAUCCCCUUUCCCCCCGUCUCGCCUCCACCCCCCCAAUUUCCUCCUCCUCGCCCCUCAUUUCCACCCUCCUCCCCCUCCCCCGGCCACUUCGCUAACUUGUGGCUGUUGUGAUGCGUAUUCCCGUAGAUCCGAGCACCAGCCGGCGCUUCAGCCCUCCCUCCAGCAGCCUGCAGCCCGGCAAGAUGAGCGACGUGAGCCCGGUGGUGGCUGCGCAACAACAGCAGCAGCAGCAGCAGCAGCAGCAACAGCAGCAGCAGCAGCAGCAGCAACAGCAGCAGGAGGCGGCGGCGGCGGCGGCGGCGGCGGCAGCGGCGGCCGCCGUGCCCCGGUUGCGGCCGCCGCACGACAACCGCACCAUGGUGGAGAUCAUCGCUGACCACCCGGCCGAGCUCGUCCGCACCGACAGCCCCAACUUCCUGUGCUCUGUGCUGCCCUCGCACUGGCGAUGCAACAAGACCCUGCCCGUGGCCUUCAAGGUGGUGGCCCUGGGAGAGGUACCAGAUGGAACUGUGGUUACCGUCAUGGCGGGCAACGACGAAAAUUAUUCUGCCGAGCUCCGAAAUGCCUCUGCUGUUAUGAAAAACCAAGUAGCGAGGUUCAACGAUCUGAGAUUUGUGGGCCGGAGUGGAAGAGGCAAGAGUUUCACCUUGACCAUAACUGUCUUCACAAACCCUCCCCAAGUAGCCACCUAUCACAGAGCUAUUAAAGUUACAGUGGAUGGACCCCGGGAACCCAGAAGGCACAGACAGAAGCUUGAUGACUCUAAACCUAGUUUGUUCUCUGACCGCCUCAGUGAUUUAGGGCGCAUUCCUCAUCCCAGUAUGAGAGUAGGUGUCCCGCCUCAGAACCCACGGCCCUCCCUGAACUCUGCACCAAGUCCUUUUAAUCCACAAGGACAGAGUCAGAUUACAGACCCCAGGCAGGCCCAGUCUUCCCCGCCGUGGUCCUAUGACCAGUCUUACCCCUCCUACCUGAGCCAGAUGACGUCCCCAUCCAUACACUCCACCACCCCGCUGUCUUCCACACGGGGCACGGGGCUUCCUGCCAUCACCGACGUGCCCAGGCGCAUUUCAGGUGCUUCAGAACUGGGCCCUUUUUCAGACCCCAGGCAGUUCCCAAGCAUUUCAUCCCUCACUGAGAGCCGGUUCUCCAACCCACGAAUGCACUAUCCAGCCACCUUUACUUACACCCCGCCAGUCACCUCAGGCAUGUCCCUCGGUAUGUCCGCCACCACCCACUACCACACCUACCUGCCACCACCCUACCCCGGCUCUUCCCAAAGCCAGAGUGGACCCUUCCAGACCAGCAGCACUCCAUAUCUCUACUAUGGCACUUCGUCAGGAUCCUAUCAGUUCCCCAUGGUGCCGGGGGGAGAUCGGUCUCCUUCCAGAAUGCUUCCGCCAUGCACCACCACCUCGAAUGGCAGCACGCUAUUAAACCCAAAUUUGCCCACCCAGAAUGAUGGUGUUGACGCUGAUGGAAGCCACAGCAGUUCCCCAACUGUUUUGAAUUCUAGUGGCAGAAUGGAUGAAUCUGUUUGGCGACCAUAUUGAAAUUCCUCAGCAGUGGCCCAGCGGUGUCUGGGAGCCGCAUCCCAAAUGUAUCGAUAUAUACAUAUAUAGAGAGAGCGCAUAUAUAUGUAUAUCAAUUAGCUAUCUACAAAGUGCCUAUCUUUUAGAAGAUUUUUCAUUCACCCACUCAGUCAUGAUCUUGCAACCAUAAGAGGGUAGACACUGAGAAGCAGAAGGCCCAAGAGAGACAAUCGUAUUCAGGUUUCAGAUGGUUUUCUAUGUAAGACGUACUUUCACAAAGGAAAAAGGUAUUUUUGUUGGGUUGUCGUUUGGCCUGUUAUCAUAAAUAACCCGUUCCUAUGCCAAUUCAGAGAGGUGGACUCCAGGUUUAGGAGGAAGAAGAGCAAAGCCGCUUCCUCUCUGUGCUUUGAAACCGCACACCCUCACGGUUGCAGCUGUGUAUGGACCAGUGCCCUCUGCAGACCAGCUUACAAAGCCAGUCGAGGUGCACGCGGAGGGCAAAGAGGUAGAAUGGACGCUUCCCGCAUAGUGCGAUCCAUUCAGAGUAACUGUUCCAAACUGCUCUCAGACUUGCCGCAAGUUCUCGUACGAUCUGUUUGGUUCAGUUUUGUUGUUGUUGUUGUUGUUGUUGUUGUUGUUGUGUUCCUACUUUUAAGAAAGCGACUCCAAAAAUACUGAUCAGGAUAGAUGAUUUUAUUUUACUUUUUUGUACUUUUUUUGUUUCCUUUUCCCAUUUAACCAAAAAGAAAUCCCAUCCUUCGAUCCUUACCCCCCUUCUCCUUUCUCCUUUUAUGCAAAACUGAAAAUGGCAAUACCUUAUUAUAGCCAUAAUGGUAUAGAUAGUGUUUGUGUUUGGCUGUGUGUUGUUUUCUUUUUUUUUUUUUUAAAUUAUGAAUAUGUGUAAAAUCUGAGGUAACUUGCUAACGUGAAUGGUCAUAUAACUUUAAAGAUAUAUUUAUAAUUAUUUAAUGACAUUUGGACCCUUGAAACAUUUCUUAGUGUACUGAUGUGUUGACUUCGGUCUCUAAAAGUGCUCUUUAUUAAAUAACAAAUUUCUUCAGUGGGCUAGAGCCAUAUCUGAAAUAUUGCUAAGCAGUUUCAGUUCAGGCACAAUGUGAUUUUCAAAAAUACGUCCAUCUCCAAAUAUUUUAGAUGUAGCUUGUUUUUGUGACGUAUGAAGGAAAUGUUAUGUCUCGUUCUUUCAGAUCUUUGAUCGCCUCUAACACAGCUUUGCCUUUUAAAGCAAUAAUUGGGGAUUUAAAAACCAACUCUUAGCCCUUUAUCUCUUAUUGUUGCCCUUUGUUAGCAUGAAAUGCUGGAGUGAUGUGGUUUCCUAAUUUCUUUCAAAUAACAAUGACUCUUGUCAUACUAAAAAGACAAGCACAAGUGAAUCAUGGAACUUCAGAAAAACGUUCUGCGGUUUCAUAGUUAAAGCAAAACUCUAAAUCGCCAGGCUUCACAGGGAAGACGUAGCAGGCGGCCGCACUUGUGGCUGAAGGGUCCAUCAGGAUGCACUUAGUACAGGAAAAGCCAAAUUGUCUCGGGGAUUCUUAACCCACCGGCCUUGCCAAACAGAAAGUCAGGAGAACCCAGGCCUGCCCUCCCCGACGCCCCGCCGGCAGCUCUCCACGGACUCUGCCCUGAAAGGAGCAGAUUCAGUCAUUGUCUUAUGGGGGAGCGGGUCAUCUGAAGUAGCAGGCAAGUUCCAGCAGGUAGCUGACCUGAGAGAACACCUGGCCUGUGGGGAGCCAUAGCCAACCCUUUUGCGUCAAGGGAAGGCAAGGUCAUGUGGAGUUUGGGAUCUUACUACUGUGUAUGAAUCUGAGCGGAAGCCCUCCUGUAAGAUGCACUUUGACCGCUCCUGGCGACCACAUGGCAGAUUCUCAAGCGGGAAUCCUUAAUCCAAGCCAGGAUCAUUCGAUGACACCACCGGGCAAAUCCCUGCCUGGGCUCCCACAGGUCCGGGCCCCUUCCUUUCAAUUCGGUGCCCCUCUGAACAGAACUUUGUAGAGAUUUGCCUCCAGCGCCUAGAGACCCCCUGCGCUGUCGUCCUGCCGCAAGCCCGCUUCACUGGCCGCCAGGCCUCGCAGGGCAGCAUGGGGGACCCCGUGCUUCUCGCUGGGCGCCUCCCUUGCAAUCGCCCCGACUCCUCCCAACAAAAACCGAGGGCAAAACAAAACAAAGCAAAACGAAACUCUUUGCCUUCUAAAGGUUGUAUACCAAGUAUGCUUAGAUAAAUAAGCCACUUUUCUCUUACGUAACUAAGAUGGCAGUAGUCGCUGAUACUAUUUAUUGUUUGUGUGUGGUAGCUUGAAGCACGACACUGUCCAUUUAUUUGUAAGUGUAAAAUAUGUGUGUGUGUUUCAGCAGCACUUAAAAAAGCCAGUGUCUGGUUACACAUUUCAAUUUUAAUUAAUUGACCUAAAAAUGUUACCGCCGGUGCCAGCUGUACCCUAUUUAAUAAAAAAAAAAAAAAAGGUACUAUAUUUGUACAUUAUUUUUUAAUGUUAAAAGGGCUUUUUUAAGUUUACAGUACACAUACUAAGUGACUUUAGGGAUGCUUUCGUGUUGAAAUGUUAUUAGAGUGGCUGCAGGCAGCAACCCAGAAACACUUUAAAAGGUUUUUUUUUUGUUUUUUUUUUUUUCCUUGGGAAAAAUUCAAGCACUUGUCCCCUCCCUCCAACCACUCCAAAGGGGUAAGUCACAUUUCUUAGAUCAAAUUCUGCCCUUUGUCAAAGCCUGGGGGUUAAAGUUUUCUUUUUCGUUUCCUUUUUUUUUUUUUUUUUUUACUGAACCCUUAAUUUGCACUGGGUCAUGUGUAUGAUCUGUGAUUCGAAGACCAAAGCAAAGCCUUACUACUGCUCCUACUGUGAAGCCAUGUAGUAGCCAACGCUCUGUAUUUCCUUCAGGUUAAAGGAGCAUGGUUCUUGGUAGCGCCAACGUUGCUGGAGUUCACAGCGUGGCCCACACAGACACGCUGAUCUGUUUGAGUUGUCUCACAAAUUGUAACCUCUGCCAGGGCCCCCGAACAAGUACCACAGCGUUGGUUUUGGAUGAGGGAAGUGACCUCCAGCCUGGAACCGAGAGAGACGCAACAGAUGAGCUAUGGGUUACUCUGUAGACAGUCUCGCCCCACCGGGGCCUUUUCAAAGGAAGCUGAGAAAUCCACACCGUCAGGGACCAUCCGUUGCAAACUCAGAGGGGACGAGAUGUGUGUGCUGGCUUAGAGUUCCCUCCAUUCCCAGGAAAGGAACGGACUCAGAGUCUAGGUUAAUGCAUGGAAACACAGAGCAUGAGCGAGAACAGGAGUUAUUUCUAGGAUAUUCGAAAGAACAAUAACCAAUAAAAUAAAAGCGACUCUUCCAAACCUUGAAUUUGUUGUUCUUAAAAAAGGAAUGCAUUUAAAAAAUAUUUUCUGUGUGAGAAUUUUUUAGAUGUUUGUUUACUUCAUGUUUACAAAUAACUGUUUGCUUUUUAUGCAGUACUUUGAAAUAUAUCAGCCAAAACCAUAAGUUACAGUAAUUUCUUAGGUAUUCUGAAUAAAAUUCCAUUUUUUCUUUUUGGAUAUGCUUUACCAUUCUUAGAUUUCUGUGGAACAAAAAUGUUUGUAGCAUUUUGUGUAAAUACAAGCUUCUCAUUUUUAUUUUUUUCCAAUUGCUGUUGCCCAAGAUCUGCUUUCCCUGCACAUAUUGUACAAAUUCUGGUUUGUCCCACAGGCCAUGAUUGUGGAUGAGUUUACUUUCAACUUCAAAGGGACUAUUUGUAUUGUAUGUUGCAACUGUAAAUGGAAUUAUUUGGCAUUUUUUUUUUCUCAUGAUUGUAAUAUUAAUUUGAAGUUUGAAUUUAAUUUUCAAUAAAAUGGCUUUUUUGGUUUUGUUA